AUGACUUUGAUUUCUAAAACGACGACCACUUUUGGUCUCAUCCUUUUGGCGCAUGCCUGUUACUCUGCCCAUGAGCACUCGGCGCUACAGGCACACCGCGCUGCCUCGCUUGCCUCUCUGACCGCAUCACAAGCUGGCAUUCUCACUUCAUUGCCCAUCGAUAUCGCGAUCGAGACUGUGGUAGCGACCUUUGUGGUGGUUUUCGGGCUGGUGCUGAACACGGCUCCGCUGCGGCCAAUCCGAUGGCGCGUCUGGGCAGGCCAGAUUGAGCGAGAGGGCGAGCAGGCGUUCAAGAAUGCCAACGGCGAGGUGGCCAAGGACUUUGUGGGCAAUCCAUUCAAGCUGCUAGAGUCGCGGCCGGGAUUCGUGAAUAUUCGGAAGCAGAGAGAGGAGUUUGCGGAAUGGGUCAAGACGCAAGGUCAAUGA